UUGUCGCCAUUUUGUUUAGAUCUAUCUAUAGCCACCUCUCUCCCCUCCCCUCCGCACAAUCUAUUGGGAUUGCCUAAUUUGUUUGAUAACAACAACAGUAACAUCUUUACACUUUACUCAAUUUACUGCAAGGUUAAUUAUAUAUAAGUAUAAGGCAAGUCAAUGACCUGAUGAUUAAAAUGGAUUUGAAUUCACUUGGCAGUUUGUCCAACUUUGACACAUUUGAUGAUGAUGUUUCUAAAGAAAGUAAUGAUCUUACUGUCGAUGCUGGUGAGAGUCCAUUUUUGAGCAGCGUUAGUCAAGCAGCGAUUAGUCAUGGUCUUUCUAUUGUUCCAGAGGAAACCCAGGAACACCAUUCAGAGCCUAUGAAAAGAAAAGGAGGCUGGACUAAAGGGAAGAAAAGGAAAAAGAAUGUUAAGGACAUGAAUGCUCCAAAACAACCGCUGUCUGGGUAUCUUCGUUUUCUUAAUGAGCGAAGAGAGCUCAUUCGUCAAGAAAAACCAAAUCUGUCAUUUGCAGAGAUGUCAAAGCAGCUAGGAAAUGAAUGGUCACACUUAGCACAGCAUGAAAAACAACGCUAUUUAGAUGAUGCUGAAAGAGAAAAAGAGAAAUACAUGAAAGAUCUAGAAGCUUAUAAAAAAACAGAGACCUACAAAACUUUUAAACAACAGAUUGAUAAGAAAGGAAAGGAUGAUGAAAGUCCUGAAUUUCAAGGAGUGACAUCGACAGGUUGCAAGGAUGAAGACGAAUCUGGCACUUUUGACAUUCCUAUUUUUACUGAAGAAUUCUUGGAUCAUAACAAAGUUAGAGAUGCAGAAUUAAGACAACUGAGAAAGCAGACGACGGAGUUAGAGGAACAAAAUGCCAUCCUAAGUAAACAUACAGACAAUAUGAGACAAGCAGUGGAAAGAUUGGAGGUAGAGGCUCAACACCAGAGGCAAACAAACCAAGCUUUACUGAGUCAUCUGGAAGCUCUACGGACGUGUCUGACGUCAUCUUUUAGUUCUCUACCACUGCCAGGAACUGGAGAAUUACCAACUUUAGAGACCAUAGAUACUUAUAUGGCCAGACUGCACAGCCUGAUACUUGAUUCUCCUCAAGAGAAUGAGAGCCUCAUAGCUACUGUUAGAGAUAUUGUUGGCAGAUUAAGUAUUGAAUUAUAAUUGAAUAAAAUCUUUCGUUCUUUAAUAA